AAAAAGUCACAUUCAUUCUCUUUCCCCUCCCUCUCUUCUCAAUAAACACCCUUCUACUACCUCCCAUCACACUUUAUAAACCACACCAUCAUCUAAUCAUCAUCUAAACUAAACCACUCUCUAUUUCCUUCCUCCUCUCCCACACAUACUCCUUCCAUCACCUUAUGAUGGGUCUUCAUCAGGAUCCCACCGACUCAGGCCUUCAGCUUAUUCUAGGAUUAGCUUUGACAUCCACCCCAGAAGAUAUCAUCACUCCAUCACCACCAUCCAUUCUUCAUCAUCACCAUCUUACCACUCACAGGCCAAACUCCUAUUCCUCUAAAUCCUCUUUCAUCUCUCCAUCUAACUCAGAGCCUGAGCCUUCACUCACGUUGGGCCUCUCCCGCGAAACUUAUCCGCAGCAGGUGGUGAAACUCCCCAGAAACAUACCACACAACAAACUCUCCUCUGAGGACCCUCUUGAACAGACAUCACCUCACAGUGCUAUUUCCUCCUUCUCCAGUGGAAGGGUCAAGAGGGAGAGGGAUCUCAGCUGUGAAGAGGUGGAUGCAACAGAGACGGAGAGGGUUUCAUCAAGAGCCAGCGACGAAGAAGAAGACGGCACCACCGCCAGGAAGAAACUUAGGCUUACUAAAGAACAGUCCGCUUUGCUUGAAGAAAGCUUCAAACAACACAGCACCCUCAAUCCUAAACAGAAGCAAGCUUUGGCCAAGCAGUUAAGUCUUCGGCCUCGACAAGUCGAAGUGUGGUUCCAGAACCGGAGAGCCAGAACAAAGCUGAAGCAGACAGAGGUGGACUGCGAGUUCCUAAAAAAGUGUUGUGAAACAUUAACAGACGAGAACAGAAGGUUACAGAAGGAGCUGCAAGAGCUGAAGGCACUGAAACUGGCUCAGCCCUUGUACAUGCCUAUGUCUGCGGCAACCCUCACCAUGUGUCCCUCGUGUGAGAGGCUCGGCGGCGGGGUAGGCGGCGGCGCUUCCACUAAGUCACCCUUCUCCAUGGCUCCUAAACCUCACUUCUUCAACCCCUUCGCCAAUCCUUCUGCAGCAUGUUGAUUGAUUCUUAUUAUGAAUUAGGUUUUUAGUUUUGUUUUUGUCG